CCCAACACUCACUGGCCAUACCCUACCCAUACUUACUGCACAAUCCCAAUCCCACCAUAAUAAUAAUCAUACCCUCAUACCCUCAUACCCUCAUACCCUCAUACCCUCAAACCCUCAAACCCUCAUACCCUCAAACCUCAAUAUAUCCUCAAUUCCUCCUCUUUAGGACAUACAUUUGUGCGUCGACGCCCACCGCCCUUCCCCCUUCCCCCUUCCCCCUCCGUCGCACACUACUGGAGCUUUGCCGAAGGCGGAUCCCUAGAAACAGGGGUCCACCAUCAACGACCUCUGCACCACACCCAACGUCCACACACGCACAACCUCUCCGACUCGAUCACCCCCUCUCUCUCUCUACCUCUCCACCUCUCACCUCUCACCUCUCACCUCUCUCUCUCUCGUCCCGCCUUCUUCACCUCUAUCUCUAGUUGUUUUAUUUCCUUGCGGAGAGAUUGGACGUCUUCCGUUUGCGACGCCUGGCUCUCCAGGUUGUAAGGGCUCGCGGCGAGACAGUGUAGGAGCUUUUCUUGUAUAACUUAUUGUAGCAAUUCCCAGCAUGGCAUUUUCGAACAGCACGAGCGAGCGGAUGGACGAGCUGCGCUUCCGACAAUCGGUGCGCGGCAGCGUCAGCGGCGGUGUCAGCGGCAGUGAGCAGCCCCUCCUGGGCCUCGUGUCACCACCGCGCAAUGGCGGCAGCCGUCUGCCUCCCCCACUGUCGGCGUCGGCCUCGGCGCAGGACGGUCGCGGGUUCACGCUCACGAGGCGCUUCACGACAGAUUCGGGGAGAGUGCCCACGCUGCAUUCCAUUACCGGGCAGAGAGGAGUGCAGGAUGGGCAGGAGUAUGUGCCUUCGAACUACCAUAAAGUCCAGCUCCUAGAGAAGAAGAAACUAGAAUACGAGCGUCUCCGCGAACAGAAACGCCGUUUUGAGGCUGAGAUGCAAAUCUUGGACCUCCAGCAGCGCCAAGAAGAACAAGAACUCCGACAGAUGCAAGAGGACCUCGGGCGCCACCACAACUCGCACAACACCAACGGCGGCCACCAGUCCGAACCUACUACUCCCCCCGAAUACCGCGAGACCAGCUCUGGCUUCCCGACAGUCUUCUCCCGCCCGAAUCGUUACUCCACCUCUAGCUUGACCUCGCCAAUUGGAGGACUCUAUAAUCGUCCCGGUCGCUCAGCUAGCCAGCUUACUUCGCCACACAACGGAUUGAUUUCAUCUCGAUACACCAUGGACGAGAGCGCUAUAAUCAUGUCUAACUCGGGGUCGGCAUCGAGACGCAAUAGCGAGGAUGAUGAUAAAGAGCAGGCUGUGAGACAGGAUCCAAGCAGCCACAGGUCUUCGAACCACCUCAACAGAUAUUCCACUCCUGUGACCAAGUCACGCAACGGCAUUCACGAUAUGCUCUCGCUGGACCAGACCAACACCACUCGCUUCCUGUUCGGCGACGAGGAUGCCGGAGGACCAAUGGACUCCAAGAACUACCUCCACAUGCACGCAACUGACGAGAACUUCCCCAUCCUAGUUCGCGGAGAGCACCCCCAGAAUUUAUCCACCUCAUCCGCUGCCCUUGACCUGGCUUCUGGCCAAUCCACCACCACGGAAUCUACUGGCUGGUCUUCGUUUGGACGUCACCGCGCUGGCCAACAGAGCUUGCCUACCAACCAUAUAAGCCAGACCUCCUCCAGCCAGAACGGCAACUCCAGCACCAUGAACGGCUCUACCUCGCAGAACUCGACCCCUCUUGAGUCGCCACAGAAGGUCCGCACCCCCAACCGUUACUCCCAGGAUCUGAAGUACUUUGGCGACCAGGACAAGUCCCAUGUGACCUCGCCAACCAGCCAGGUCCAGAUGACACCACCGAAGCUCCAGAGCUCAUACUCUGCCAAUGAUGUGCCAACCAUGAAGUCCAACGGAGGCAACGCUGUUGGAAGCACCCCCCAGAAGCCACAGUCCCACGCUCAGCAGCACUUCCACAACCACAAUGCCAGUCUGGGCCGCAUCCCACCCAACGCAGUCAACAACAGACAGGGUCGCGAGGUCAACAGUGGCGACUCUACUCCAGUUCGGGAGGCCACAAACGGCGGCUACCAGUCGAUCCAGUCUGCCCUCCAGGCCAGUGCUCCUCCAUUCGGACCUUCCGUCAUCCAUAGCUCCGUGCCUCUCAACCAAGCAGCUGUCACGCAGGCUGGAGCCAACCCAUACGGCGUGCAAUACUACAACAACCAGUACAACAUGCCAAUGAUGGCCAUGGCGAUGCAGAACAUGCAGAUCGGCCAGCAGGCAUACCCCCAGAGUGCAUAUGGCGAUUAUGGAGUCCCACCGGCAUACCAAAACAAUGCGCCACGUGAUAGCCAGGCUAGGGUUAUCCAGCAACGUCGCCAGAAUGAUGGUGAGGCUAUGAACAGAUUCGCCAAUGUUGCCUUAGAGUCUCUCGGUGGUGAGAUCUACAGCCUGUGCAAGGACCAGCAUGGAUGCCGCUUCCUCCAGAAGAAGCUCGAGGAGCGCAACGCCGAGCAGAUCCACAUGAUCUGGCUUGAGACCAACCAGCACGUCGUAGAGCUGAUGACUGACCCCUUCGGCAACUACCUCUGCCAGAAGCUGCUGGAGUUCUGCAACGAUGAAGAGCGCACCGUGCUCAUCGAAAACGCCUCCCAGGACCUCCUGCGCAUCGCGCUGAACCAGCACGGCACACGCGCCCUACAGAAGAUGAUCGAGUUCAUCUCCACCGCUGGCCAGAUCCAGACCAUCAUCGAAGCCCUGCGCUACCAAGUCGUCGAGCUGAUCCAGGACCUCAACGGCAACCACGUCAUCCAGAAGUGCCUCAACAAGCUGUCCCCGCUCGACGCGCAGUUCAUCUUCGACGCCGUCGGACGCCACUGCGUCGACGUCGGCACGCACCGCCACGGCUGCUGCGUCCUCCAGCGCUGCAUCGACCACGCGAGCGGCGACCAGAAGGCCUGGCUCAUCCGCCAAAUCUCCAACAACGCGUUCACCCUCGUCCAAGACCCCUUCGGCAACUACGUCGUGCAAUACAUCCUCGACCUCAACGAACCCAUCUUCACCGAACCCCUCGUCGCCAUGUUCGCCGGCCGCGUCGGCCAGCUCUCCCGCCAGAAAUUCAGCAGCAACGUCAUCGAGAAGUGCCUCCGCUGUGCCCAGGAGCCAAGCAAAGACAUGCUCAUCGAGGAAAUGCUCGCCACCCCCGCCGACCUCGAGCGCCUCCUGCGUGACUCCUUCGCCAACUACGUCGUCCAGACCGCUCUCGACUACGCCAACCCCGCCAUGAAAACCCGUCUCAUCGACGCCAUCCGCCCCAUCCUCCCACAGAUCCGCACCACACCUUACGGCCGCCGCAUCCAAGCCAAGCUCCAGGGCGCCGAGGGCCGUCCAGCUAUCGCAACUAAUGGUUCUGCCACGGGCGCUGCGCAGACUACCGAGACGGCCGCGCAGCAGCAGCAGCUCCCGCUUCGCCAGCUACACGCGCGCUCUCUGUCUAACGCUAGCGCGACGGCGUUUGCGAAUGGGAAUGCGGGCGGUGCAUAUGGAGCUGCGGGCUUUCCGGCCUUGACGAGGGCGCCGGUUACGGUGUUCCCGAGCAGCACGCAGAUUGCUACUGCUGGCAUUUCGGCGCAGGGAUAUGCGGGGCCACCACCACCACCACAGCAGCAGCAACAGCCGGGUAAUGGAUAUCCAUACGGCCGCGGCAAUGGGGCGCAGGGUGCCCAGGCUGUUCAGGCAGCACAGCAGCAGCAGCAGGGUGGCCAGCAGCAGGGGAACUACUUCUAAAUGAUCCGAUCCGGUGACUCAAUCAAGAUAUCGACGAUUUUCUUCUUUUCAGCAAAAAACACUAAACUUGUAACGGUACGAGCGCAUGCAUUACUCCCCGCCGCCGCCACGACGACUUCGGUCUAUUUUUUUCAGUUCUCGGCGACCAGGGGGGUUUUACAUUAUCACGAUUUUCACGAACGGAUGGACGAAAAAGACAUUGUUACACUAGUUCCCCUUUACCAUACAACCACCACACGAAACAACACGCCCAUCUUGGGAAAGCUCAGCAAGUUGCCCCGAGAGCAGCACUCAUGCGAGCUUCCUUCCUCCUUCUCCUCAUUCAUCUGUACCAAAACCUCUGCCGCCGCACCCACCCCCCUCGAGGAGAAUCCGCCACAGACAGCGCGCGCGCAAGACAAACCUUUACCUACCUACCUUACCCGGUCUCUCAACAAUAAUAAACCCUCACUGUACAACGGGUGGCUUUACACUUGGCCCUUACUUUUCGGUUCGGGAACGGAAAUUAGAAACGGAUAUGGGACAGCACAGCACGCGCGAUGAAGAUGAUGGCAGCGAGCUAAAGAUUGGAGAUUUUUUGGUGGAUUGAUUGGGCGGUACCAUUUUAAAACUGCCACCAUACCGCCAUACAACCACUACACUACCCCCAAAAUUAUUUCCUAGGUUCUCGAUUUCUUUGUUAUCUUGUGGUUUUCGCAUUUUUGUUGUUUUUUAGUGAGAUCUUUUUUCCGGCGUGCAGAAGCUGCGGAAUUCUUUUUUUUUUUUUUCAAUUUUU